CAGUUUGACCCCCAUUGGCAAUAAUUGGGUCAAUAACCCGUGUCAUUGCCAUCGAUUCCACAACUCGUCGGAGGGACGCAUUGCCAGGCGAUUCCGCUGCCAGGCUACCGAGUUUAAUCAAUAAGCCUACCAGAGAAGAAGCCACCGAGGGCUGGGGCUGAGAAGCACUCCAUCCAGAGACGCUGCACCGAACAGACCCAAAGUAAACAGAUCCCAGCGGAAGAUAAGUGGGUAAUAUAUCGCGUCCGUCAACCAAUGCUCUGCUGGGCCAACGAGGAUCACUAUUUGAGCCAACGCUACCCGAAUCCGCAGCAAAAGGCGCCCGAAACGCUCAAGAACCUGCUGUUGCGAUCCAGUGUACCGAUAGUGAGUGCUCCGAAUCCCGAGUGGGACACCCAAAUCGCCGGCACCAUGGCACCGCUCAAGGGGCAGGAGGUGCUCAAGUUCCACAAGCACUCCUACCUCGAGAACCGCAUCUUCGAUCACCGCCUGGUCAAGGACAACCUGCUGGACAAGUGGCCCACCGCUGACAUGAACGAGUACAACGAGCGCAAGGACCACCGCAACCUCAUGGAGUCCUAUCCAUGGAGCCAGGCGGGCGCUCCGCCCUGCAUGGAGCCCGUCAUGGGACCCUCGAUCCCGCCGAGAGUUGGCGCCGCCUACGAGACGCCCACGAAGCACCCGUGGCGCCCGGCGAUGGCCUAUGAGCUCAUCCAGGUGAAGCACCUGCCCGAGCAGCCGAUGACCAACCAGCUGACCAAGCAGUGCUUCCUGCCCAAGGGCAUGAAGACGGACGGCAUGAUAUUCCCCAACCUGGUCACCGGAUUCGAUCGCAAUCCCCAGCACGCCGCCCGGGCUGCCCUCUACACGCGGUACACCAGCAACGAGUGGUACAACAACAACAUGACCAAGUACUCCGAGUCGAACAUGAAUCGCAACCUAUCCGAGCGCAUGCGGAAUGACGCAGUGCGUCUGAUGCGGGAGACCGACGAGAAGGCCACCUCGGGCCAAAGGGACGCCGGCCGCAGGCUGGGCGAGCGCAUCACCGACCUGACCUUCUGGCGCAACGAGCUGAACGCGGAGCUGGAGAAGCUGAUUGCCGAGAUGUCGGACAUCAACGACCUGCAGCGGCAGUGCGGCAAGGCGCUCCUCGACCUGGAGAUACCGCUGCACAUCGCCCAGGAGUGCCUCUUCCACCGGGAGUCGCGCCAGGGCACGGAGAAGGUGCACGACAUCGUGGAGAAGGCCCUCCUCGUGGAGAUCAACAACCUGAGGAACUCCCGCGACCGCCUGGGCGGUCUGCACGAGAAGAUCUCGAAGCAGGCCCUCGACUGCCGCGGCGCCCAGCACCUGCUCGAGGACGACGUGUCCCACAAGGAGUCCUCGCUCGGCAUCGACUCCAUGUGCCACCAGCUGAACAACCACAGUCGCGGCAUCACCUACUACGGCGGCAUCGAGAAGUUCGAUCCCUCGGUCAGUACCCAGGAGUCCUGGGCCCAGGCCAGCAGCGAGCACGUCCGCCGCUCACAGGCGGAGCGGGCGAAGCUCUCCCAGCUGCGGAGCGACGCCCAGAGUGUGGUCAACUCGGUGGCCACCACCGUAUGGGACUUCUGGAGCAACACGAACAACGCCUUCGAUCGCCGCUCCCAGGAGAUGGCCGAGGCGAAGAACCGUGUGCAGCUGCACCUGCAGAAGGUCCAGCAGGAGCUGUUCGACAUGGAGAAGCACCUCUUCCUGCUGCAGAAGGCCAUCCAGGACAAGUCCGGGCCGCUGAAGGUGGCCCAGACGCGGCUGGAGGCCCGCUCCCAUCGGGAGGGCGUCGAGCUGUGCAAGGACCACGCCCAGGACCGACUCGUCCAGGAGGUGCAGGACAUCCAGGGCGCCGUGGAGACGCUGCACCACAAGCUCAUGGAGGCGGAGGCCACCCACCAGGGUCUCCUGAAGACGCGCUGCACCCUGGAAGUGGAUCUGCGGAACAAGGUCAACGCCCUGUUCAUCGACCGAGAGAAGUGCAUGAGCCUCCGGCGCUCCUUUCCGGUCAGCAAUCUGAUCAAGUACUGAUCUGGACCCGCACUGGACGCCGGCUCUGGAUUCUUGACUCCGCACUCCCACUCGCUUCUUCCGCCACCCACAUCGUUCGCAUUAUGUUGGCUUUUGUGUGUCCACUUCAAGGAGCAAACUGCUGUCUCCCGCUGAAGCACGGUUUCUCUUUUUAAUGGCAAAUAUGAUAUACUAUCGAAAAGUACAAUAAGUACACCCUGUUUGGGAAUAUCAGGCGCAAGAAUAAAAAGACAUUUUGAAGCUAUUA